AUGAGCUGGAGAACUGAGCUGGAAUUGAUGCGAAGCUUCCGGAAUCGGGACAGCUCACACAUUAUGCUUGGAGAACGGGCAUGCUUGAAGAUCACCGGAGUUGUUGGAGUUUCACCUCACCUAAUCUUUUCGAACCGGAAUUCAUUCUAUCCCAUUAAGCUGCUGCUGCUGAAUUCCGAUUCUCCGAUGAGCAACUCCGAUUCUAAUGAAAAUGCAGGUGCUGUACCAAAGGAAAACGGCUUUAACUGUUCAUUCUCUCUUUUGAGUUCCGAGAAGGCAUUAGAAGGCUUUCUUCAGCAACCUCUUAACCAAGGAUCUGAUGACCAUCUAUUCGAAUUUUCAGAGGCUCUUAGAACUGUUGCAAAGGCCUUGAGACGAGUUUCCGAGGGCAAAGCCACGGCACAAGCGGAGGCUGCAGAGUGGAAACGUAAGUAUGAAUUAGAGAGGAAGCGCAACCUGCAGUUAGAACAAAAAGGGCUGUCUACAGGUCAUGUUCAUAAGAAAACUGAUAAAUUGGAAGACCAAGUAUCGUUGUUGACUAUUGAUCCGGAGGAGAAACUGUGGUGUUGUGGGGAAAAUGACAUUUGCUCUCAUGAGAUUCUUAAGGAUGGUGAGACUGACAGCAACCAUAGUGCUGCUCAUGGCAAAAUGUUGCGAAAGGCAUCUUUUAAACUUUCUUGGUGCUGCAAAGGCAAUAAAACUGAUCAGCAGAAACAUGAUGUAGUCUCUUUUGAAAAGGGAAACAUAACAACCGCCCAACGGAGCAGUAAACAGAUAUCUUUGAAGUGGGAAUCUCCUCCAUCAACUGUGCUAAUUCUGACCAAACCAAAUUCGGCCUCUGUUAAAAUCCUUUGCUCAGAAAUGGUCAGAUGGUUGAAUGAGCAGAAAAAGCUUAACAUCUUUGUUGAACCACGAGUACGCUCAGAACUUCUCGGAGAGUCAUCAUACUAUAACUUUGUGCAAACCUGGAAAGAUGAUGACGAAGUGCUGCUCUUGCACACAAAAGUUGAUCUUGUUGUGACUCUUGGCGGGGAUGGAACCGUUCUCUGGGUAUGUGCUUUGUAUUGGUGCUCGGAUCAAUUGGAUUUAUUGUUUUUGUUACUUUUUCCUUCCUGUCAAUGGGAUUUCGAAUGGCCUUACUUUUUCAUGCCAAUUAUAAUUCCAAUCCUUUAUCCAUCGAGGAGGAAGGAAUUAGAGAUGAGGUGGAAUCUCACAGAACUUAUGAAGCAUGUUAAAACUGUAAUGAACAAUGAACGACGGGUAGGGAUUGUUAACAUCACUUGGCUUUAGCUUUACAUGUAUGUCAGUUGCUUCGCUGAUAUGAGCUAUUUUACAACACUACUUCUAUGGAAGGAGUUCGAUUUAUUUUCUUGCAAAUUGAUAGUCUUUUUUUAGAUAAAAUCUGUGAAUUUUGAGUAUAAAGUAAUUAGUAAUGUUUGCUCCAGGUUCUGUUAUUCAAGGUUGUGACAUUUUAGGAAAGCUUCGCUGGCAUUACUUCACUAUAUUAUAAUAGUCUUGUUUUCUUCGAUAGUAUGAAAAUGUUUCGAUGCAAACUGGCAAGUAUUUUCUCGGGAUGCAUGCACUUCUGAGUAGAUGAACUGACAUGAAACAAGUUGACAAGAUUCACUUGGCUAGUAUUAUUAGCAUUGGAAACUUGGAUGGUGGGUAGUAAAAGUUUGAUUAAAUGAAGAUUGAUGGGUAUUUCUGUUAGAGGUAGUGUAUCUGAAGUCAAUGAAAGUCUGCUGAUAUCUUAAUUGCUAUAAAUUAUUUCGUUAAAUAAUGUCUUGAAAGCUUCCCAGUUCAUGUCUGGCUUCUGGCUUGAGUUGUUUUCCUGUCUCUUUCAUUUGCUAUUGUUUCGUGUUGGUGAUUCACGGUUUUGUUUCUUAUCUUGAAAUCGAAAUCAACCAGUUAUUCUGGUACUUAUACUUCACUUAGCCGCUUUCAUUUCUCUCCUGCUCUUAUUAGGAAUUAGGGGAUCUCAAGUUCCUUGGUGCAGUUUACUUAGCUAUCUUGUCAAUUAACAUUAUUGCGAUAUCAUAUCAAUUUACAUAAAAGUCAUUGAUACUGAGUAUUAGACAAGUUGUAUAGAACUGUUGAAGGCUCGGAAUUAGCAAAAGUAUAUCAGAAAAUAAUGAAAAAAGAAUCUGGUAGAUUUUUGAUGAAUUGGUUGAUCAACUUAGAAGAAUUAUGCUCGGUUGAAAAGCUGGGGAGACUGUCCUUAGAAAACUUGUAUCCAAUAAGAUAAAAUGUAAAUUACAGAUAACGAGACCUCAUACUUACUGGUGAAGAUGGCACUCAUGGACACCAAUUUAAAUUGUAUAAAAAAGUUGAUUAUGUUAGUAAUCAGGUUUGUUCAUAUAGAGUGUGCAUGCUUCUUGCAUUGUUAAAGAGGAUAUUACUGUAAUGCUUCAGAGCAGAUAAUGCAUUUCUGAUUCCGCCCUCAAUACUAGAUACAGAUGAAUCAAAACCUUCAGAUUACUUGGAUAAGAAGCCGUACAUAUUUCAUGCUAUCAGUUUCCUAAAGUCUGAUGUAAAAAAGAAACCUUCGAUAUGGUUGAAAUUUGUUUGUUGUUCAGACAUGGGUUUAUAUCUUCUUCAAUCUUGGUGCAUACUGUCAUUAGAAAGCAAUAAAGGCUUGACCAACUUUCCUAAGUUCUUUUCUGGGUAUUCAGUCAUGGACGUCUAGGGAAACUGGACUGAUUUUUAUUUCGAUAAUUUGAUGAUUUUGAACGUCAUUUGAUAAAGACGAGAGAUCACUUAAUGAACUUUCUACAAUCGUAAAAAGCAGGAGCAACAGUCAUUGGUAUUCUUUAUUUAUCCGAACCUGAAGCUUUUGACGCAUGUUAUUGUUUUCUCAGUUAUAUGGUCUAGUCUAGCGAAAGAAAUAUGUUAGUGUGUACUUGGAGCAAUUUUGUUAAAUUAUAUCCUUUCUCAUCUGAGAAAAAGUUCCUCUGGGUGUAAACAUGUCUAUUUCCUUCAAAUGAGAAAUGCAUAAGACAUUAUGUCUAGCCAACUUGGUGAGGUCUUGAAAGUAGCUUCAGAUCAUGCAGCAAUUAACCUAUAAUCAGUACAAUGUUAUUAAAUUGUAUCCUUUCUCAUCUGAGAACAAAUUCCUCUGGCUGUGAACAUGUAGACUUCCUUCAAAUAUGAAAUGCAUGAGACAUAAUGGCUAGCAAUUUGGUGAGGUUUUGAAAGUGGCUAGAAAGCAUUUAGUUUACUCAUUACCUUACCAGCACAUGUUUGUUUUUCAGACACCAAGUCAUGUAUAAUUCGAAAUUUAUUUGGUGAUCUGUCUUUGCUAAGGGGAGGGAGACUGGUUAUGAUCAUGCUCUUGAUAAGUUAUAAAAGUUAAUAGAAGUACGGUAGAGGAAGUACACAGAUUUGCCUUCUACCAAUCUCUAUGUAUCUUAUUAUUUUAAUAGGACUGUGUUAUUUUUUUUAAAAAGGAAAAAGCAAUGGUUGUGUUUAAUUCAAAAUCAAUGCAAUUGUAUUUGAAACCUACCAUUUCUAAGCCAUGGUAACUUCGUCUAGGUCUAAAGAGUAUGAAAGGUUUCAACUUAAAAAACCUGAGACAUCUAUGUCUUGCCACUUUAAUGAGACCCUGAAAAUGGCUUCAAAGCAUGUUUUACUAAUUGCCUAACUACUGGCAAGAUCAAACUAUGUAUAUUUCUCUAUAUGUUCUAAAUACUAUGGUUGAUGUGUUACUUUUGUCAUUAUUUUAACAAUCAGAUCAAAUUUGUUCUACAUAUUAAUGAUAUAUGUUUCAUGGAACUGAAGCAAUUGAUAAACAGGCAUUUCUCAGUGAAAAAUAGGAGUUAAUAAACCCCCAUUAGCAAUGUUAAAGUUUAGAUCCUGGUCCUUCAGUAGUUUAUAGUUGCUUUUGAUUUUGCAGGCAGCAUCCAUGUUCAAAGGUCCAGUUCCACCAAUCGUCCCAUUUUCUCUUGGUUCUUUGGGGUUCAUGACCCCAUUUCGUAUCCUUGGAAGUGGUUCUGAUUAUUUCAAACAUCGUAUAUUCGAAUAGUUUAACAUUGCGUCCCUCUUUGUUUUCCACUUAUUCAUAUUUUUGCUUCUAUAGCUCUGGCUUGUUGGACGAUGCCUUCUUUUAUUCAGUAGUCAGAUUGUAAUGAAAUUUCCUUUUCCACUUCUCUCUCAAGUUCAUCUUUGACAAAAUCAGAUAGUGAACACUACCGAGAAUGCCUCCUCUCAGUUUUACAAGGACCCAUAAGCAUCACCUUACGACAUCGGUUGCAGUGCCAUGUGAUUCGAGAUUCUGCAAAAACUGAAUAUGAAACUGAAGGUCCGAUGCUUGUUCUGAAUGAGGUUACUAUUGAUCGUGGGAUGUCAUCUUUCCUUACGAAUCUGGAAUGCUACUGUGAUAACUCCUUCGUCACUUGCGUACAAGGUGACGGAUUGAUUCUAUCAACAACCUCCGGAAGCACAGCAUAUUCCCUUGCUGCUGGAGGAUCAAUGGUUCAUCCUCAGGUGAUCAUGCAUUUUUUCUUAAAUGUUUUGUGUAUGGAUGUGCUGCUGAUUACAUUAUCUGUCUCAACGAAAGAUAUGGUUAGCAUUUGAUAUGUCUGUGAAGAAUAUAAUAUUUUAUAGUUUUAAAAAUUAAUUUUAUUUAUGAAGAAGUUGAGCUUGUUUUCUAUGGUUCAGAGAUAGAUAGGUGUGAUUUCUGAAAAUAGUCCACUAGAUGAUAAAUAAUACUCCCUCCGGUCCUUAUUGUAAGGCCUUCUUUAAGGUUUCUCUUAGUCUAGUGUAAGGCAUUUGAUGUCUUUUAAGUUUUAUUUGUGUACUUCCAAAUAUGUCCAAUUUUUAAUUUAAUAUCAAUACUAAACAACCUCUCAAAUAUACAGGAUAGAUUUUAAUUGGGUAAUGUAGGUAAUUUAGUCUUUUUGUAAGACAAAUAAGUACCUUAACUAACUUUUCUUAGUUUUGAUGAUAUACUCAUUUAUGCGAUAAAUAGGACCAAAGGGACUAAUGUCCUGUGAGUGCAGUAAUUUGGAUUGAUUUGCUUCUAGUCUUUAAUUGAUCUUCAUCCGUGAAGGUUUCUAGCAGCUGCACUCCUAACCAUUCCAGUGCUCUACCACUAAAUCACUAACACUAGCAAUCUCUAUGGAAAAUGGAGCUUUUCUCGGUGGAUUUCUUUCUUGAUCUUCAAAUUGAAGAGCAUUGAGCGUAACACUAAUCGUACAUCCAUAUGCAGGUUCCAGGAAUCCUGUUCACACCCAUUUGUCCCCACUCAUUAUCUUUCCGGCCUCUAAUUUUGCCCGAGCAUGUAACGAUUCGAGUCCAAGUGCCUUUCAAUAGUAGAGGUCAUGCAUGGGUAUCAUUUGAUGGAAAGGACAGAAAACAAUUGGCUCCUGGGGAUGCGCUCGUCUGUAGCAUGGCGGCUUGGCCCGUUCCAACUGCAUGUCAAGUUGAUUCCACAAGUGAUUUCUUACGAAGUAUUCAUGAUGGUCUUUAUUGGAACUUGAGAAAAACACAAUCUUUUGAUGGUCCUCGGGAUGAAUUUGAUAAAUUGUGAGUCUUAUUAGUGGGUGUACAUGAAUGGAAGUUAUACAUGAAGUAGUAGCAGAGAUGAUUUAUGAGUUUACCGUUUGGAUCAUCUCUCCCGUUUCCAUGGCUGUGUAGAGCUUUCUUACCAAAAAAUUAUGAUUGGAUAUGGUAAUUAUAGCAUAUGAGGAAAAGCAAUGUAGUAGUGUAGUUCCAUGCCUAAGGGUUAUUAGUCAAAUGAUAUACUAGAAUACUGUUGUUGUUAGUGUUAGUAUAUCUCUUGAUUGUAAUCUUGAAUAGAAUUAUUUUUUAUUUAUGCUUUGUAAAGUAACACGAACUAAAUGGCAAUACAUGAACUAAAUGGCAAUAUAUUUGACUUUUUUUUUUUUU